AUGUCCAGCAUUCUUGACUUGCUUCGUUAUCGCAUUCACCCUUUGCACUGUUUUGAGGUCCUAUGUCGGCCCUCCUCCCAUUGUGAUUUUGGAGCAGUCAAUGGAUUGGGGCCUCAAAAUGCUGAUGAGCACAGAAGAAAUCAGCAAACCACGACAAUCAUUGUGGCGCUAAUUCUUACAUUUCUUUUGUUGUUUGUUCCGGAUAUUGAUGCAGAUGAGAUCCCUCCAAACCCCAUUCUUCGUAAUUUGAGCAACUCAAGAUCUCAAGUCUAUGAAAUGAGUGGUGACUUAAGAAUCCAUGGAAACUCAUCCACCAUCUUAAUAGCUUCAACCCAUGCACUGGACUGUACAACUUCUUGGACAAUAAGACCUUAUGCGCGGAAAGGCGAUAAGGCAGUAAUGGGGAAGGUGAGAACGUUCAAGAUCGUUCCCCAACCCCCUCACGCCACCCCUCAUUGCACUCAAAAUUUCAGCGUUCCGGCGGUUGUUUUCUCCGCUGGAGGGUAUGCCGGAAACCCCUUUCACGACUUCACCGACGUGCUCAUUCCACUCUUCCUGACUUCCCGAGAAUUCAAUAGAACAGUGCUGUUUCUUGUAGCGAACAAGCGUUCUUGGUGGACUUCUAAGUACAAAGUUUUACUGGAGGGGCUCUCCAAGUUUGACGUGAUCGACAUUGACAAUGAAAACCAAGUGCUGUGUUUUCCAAGAAUGAUUGUUGGCCUGAAAGCCAACAAGGAGUUGAGCAUUGAUCCUUCUGAAUCCCCGCAUAAUUAUUCACUCACAGAUUUCACAAAGUUCCUUCGAAGCACGUACUCCUUGGAGAGAGAAACCACAUAUGAUUGUAUUCACAAUCACAAGUACCGCAGCACAAGACGACGCCCUCGCUUGCUCAUCGUUUCCAGGAAGAAAACCCGUCAUCUGGUCAAUGAAGGUGAAGUAGCCAACUUGGGUCGAAGCCUGGGAUUUGACGUUGUUGUGAAAGAAAUGGGGGGGCAGGUGUCGUCAGUUGCAAGAUUAGUGAACUCUUUUGAUGUGAUGGUAGGGGUGCAUGGAGCUGGACUUACCAACAUGGUUUUUCUUCCUGAAAAUGCAGUCGUAAUUCAAAUAGUACCCCUUGGAGUGGAUUUCUUGGCUAAAUAUUACUUUCAGCUUCCGGCUAAAGACAUGAAGUUGAAGUAUCUGGAGUACAAGGUGCGGUUAAAUGAAAGCUCAUUGUGGGCGAAAUAUCGGGGGGCAGCUGGUGGGCACGGCGUUGUUGAUUAUGGGAAGGGAUGGCAUGAUUUUCGUUCUGUUUAUUUGGACAAUCAAGAUGUAAAUGUUGAUUUGGGUAGGUUUAGGGGGACCCUAUUGAAAGCCUUGGAGCUUAUUCGAAGUUAGGACUUCUAAUAACUUCCACAUGGCUUACAUUGCAUACUUAUGUACACAUUUUAUGAAAUAGGUAUGUGUCAUUGUUAUUCUUUUUUGAUGACUUGCUUGUUUGUAAGGUCUGCUGGGGAUGUUGGUUGUAGCACGUAGUGGG